UGUUUGUUCGGUAAAAAUGAGAGUGUAAAUAUUAAUUCGCAAUUAAAACGUUUUUAUUUGUGUUUAUAAUAAUUUUAUAAGUAAAAAAAAUCGUGAAAAUGACCGGAACAACGGCCCAAAGCACUGUUGUAGCGCCAACUGUGCAACAAAUUAUUUCUGACAGGAUUACACAGUUAGCCGACAAGUACUGGGCCCCGAAUUCUCUAGAACAGCAUGUAGACUUUGACCCAGAAGUCAUCGAAGAUAUCUAUAUGCAAGACAUCCGCGGAAGCAAUUUUUCUAUACGGAGGAUUAUGGUGUUAGAAUUUAGUCAGUAUUUGGAGAAUUACCUUUGGCCAAACUAUAAACCGGGGGCGUCUCAAGCUCAUAUGCUCUCUAUAGUGAUAAUGGUAAACGAGAAGUUCAGAGAACGUGUGCAGGUUUGGCAGGCAUUCAGGAAACUAGAUCAGUAUUUUCCCGAUUUCUUCCAACAAGUUCUACAUGCUUGUCUGGAGAAAGACGAGCUUUUAAUCAAUUUGAAAGAACAGACCGCACUUUUAGUGUUUUUAAACCACUGUUUCAACAGUAUGGAAGAAGCAUUGUGCCGGGACCAGGUAAAAAGGCUGGUGUCGCUGUCCAUGUGGGUUUCUUUGCAACCGUCGAGACGCGAAUACGAAUUCAAGAAGUACCCGAAGUGGAAGAAGUAUUGGCGGGCGAUUCAAAGGAAAGACAAGCCAGAGCAGAUGGAAAAAUUGAUGUGGGAGAGGACUUUUCUUCACAAGUUAAUGUUGAAGUUUAUCGACAUUCUGGAUACCAUCAAAGAGGGCGGAAUAUGUCCAGACGACAAGGUGCACUAUUGUGAAAGAUUUUUGGAGUUAAUAACGGAUUUGGAGGCUCUUUUGCCAACGAGGAGGUUUUUCAAUACCGUUUUGGACGAUUGUCAUUUAGUCGUGAGGUGCCAGCUUUCAGCACUGAUCAGAAGACCUGAAGGUCACCUUUUCAGCCAGCUUCUGGACAUGCUGAAAUUCUACACGAGAUUCGAGAUCAGCGACGAAUCCGGCGAUCCCCUUACAGAUCACGACAUGACGCAAAUCCAUUAUUCCAACAUUACUUCCCUGCAGAAAGCGGCUUUUUCCAAGUUUCCAGACUUGAGGAAUUUCGCUUUGGCCAACGUAGCCAGUGUCGAUACAAGAAAAAGCUUGGAAAAACAUUUCGCUCCCCUUACCCAAGAAAAGCUUAGGCUCAUCGCUACCUAUUUAAAUCUCGUGCCACCUCCAGAGAAAGAGGAAGAAUUCAACUGGUGUCGAUUAGAUGAAAUUUUCUUGAGGGAGUUACUGAUUUUUCGUCAUGAAAGGCGAGCAUCUCAAUUGGAAGCCCUGAAUGAGAUGCCACUGUAUCCGACGGAAGACAUAAUCUGGGACGAAAACGUGGUGCCGACCGCUUAUUUUUCCGGGGAAGGUUGCCUGGCACUCCCCAAGCUGAAUCUGCAAUUUUUGACCCUUCAAGACUACCUCCUGAGGAAUUUUAAUCUCUUCAGAUUAGAGUCCACUUAUGAGAUCAGGCAAGAUAUCGAGGAUGCCAUAAGCCGACUUUGUCCUUGGAAAGCAGAAGAUGGCGGCGUUUACUGGGGCGGAUGGGCUAGAAUGGCCCAGCCGAUCAUAAACUUCGCGGUGGUGGAGGUGGCUAAGCCGAAUAUAGGGGAGAAGAGACCUAGCAGGGUCAGGGCUGACGUGACGGUCAAUCUGGCCGUAAGGCCGGAGAUUAAGGGGGAAUGGGAGAAUCUACGGAAACACGACGUCUGCUUUUUGAUUACCGUGAAGCCGCCGAAUCCUAUAGGCACGAAGUACAACAUCAAAGAACCCUUCAUCCCCCAAGUGGGAUUACAGUACAUCAGGGGUUGCGAAAUAGAAGGCAUGCUAGACAGUAACGGCAGGGUUAUAGAGGACGGUCCCGAACCCAGACCGGUACUACCGGGCGACCAGAGAACCUACCGCGUCUGGUUGGACUGCAACCAAUACCGAGACGACAUGAACAGCACCAAUCAGGGCAAGGAGGACGUUUACGAGAACUUCAACGUCCUGAUGCGAAGGAAACCCAAAGAGAACAACUUCAAGGCCGUGCUAGAGACCAUAAGGGAGCUGAUGAACACGGAAUGCGUCGUACCGGAAUGGCUGCAGGACAUAAUUCUGGGUUACGGUGAUCCGAGCGCUGCGCAUUACACGAAGAUGCCGAAUCAGAUUCCUACGGUGGAUUUCAACGACACCUUCAUCGACAUGGACCAUUUGAGGUCGUGCUUUCCGCAGUACGAGAUCAAGGUGAAGACCGACGAUCCCAAGAAGCUGGUCAGACCUUUCGGGUUGACGUUCGAGGAUCUGGGGAAGGAAGGUGAAGAGGACGUAAAGAAGGUUAUCGUCGUCGAGCCUCACGUUAUUCCCAGGAGAGGGCCUUACCUCUUUAACGAACCAAAGAAAAAUAUGAUCCACUUCACGCCGACCCAAGUAGAAGCCAUCAAAUCCGGGAUGCAGCCCGGCUUAACGCUGGUGGUGGGUCCCCCGGGUACAGGCAAAACGGACGUGGCCGUCCAGAUCAUCUCCAACAUAUACCACAACUUUCCCAACCAGCGCACCCUCAUAGUGACCCACUCGAAUCAGGCCCUGAACCAGCUCUUCGACAAAAUCGUCGCGCUGGACAUCGACGAACGUCACCUGUUGCGUUUGGGGCACGGAGAGGAGGCCCUGGAAACCGAAAAGGAUUUCAGUAGGUACGGGAGGGUGAACUACGUCCUCGCCAAACGUCUGGAUCUACUGAUGGAGGUGGAGAAGCUGCAGAAGUCGAUCAACGUCGAGGGGGACGUUGCGUAUACGUGCGAGACGGCUGGGUACUUUUAUUUGUACCAGAUCCUCUCCAGGUGGGAGCAUUUCCUCAGCGUUGUCAAGCCGAAGAGCGGAAAGGAAGUGCCCAUAAGUGAUAUAUCUAAAGAAUUUCCGUUCCACCAAUUUUUCGAGAAUGCCCCGCAGCCUCUUUUCAAAGGCAAGUCGUUCGAGGAAGACUUGGAAAUGGCCGAAAGUUGUUUUAGAUAUAUAGAUCACAUAUUUAAGGAACUUGAAGAGUUUAGAGCGUUUGAACUACUGAGAUCUGGCUUAGACAGAUCGAAGUACCUACUGGUGAAGGAAGCGAAGAUUAUCGCGAUGACCUGCACUCAUGCUGCGUUAAAGCGAAAGGAAUUGGUUGAAAUAGGUUUUAAGUAUGACAACAUCCUCAUGGAGGAGUCCGCUCAGAUCCUGGAGAUCGAAACCUUCAUCCCGCUGCUACUUCAGAAUCCCCAGGAUGGCUUCAAUCGGUUGAAACGUUGGAUUAUGAUAGGAGACCACCACCAGUUACCUCCCGUGAUUAAGAACAUGGCUUUCCAAAAGUACUCGAAUAUGGAGCAGAGCUUGUUCACGAGGUUGGUGAGGUUAGGAGUGCCCACGAUCGACCUCGACGGGCAAGGACGUGCUAGGCCAAGCAUUUGCAACCUCUACAAAUGGAGGUACAACAAUUUGGGCAACUUGAAACAUGUCGAGACUUGGCCCGAAUACCAACUGGCGAAUCCCGGCUUCGAGUACGAUUUCCAAAUAAUCGACGUCCAGGAUCUCAACGGGGUCGGGGAAUCUGAACCAUCCCCUUACUUUUUCCAGAAUUUAGCCGAGGCGGAAUACUGCGUGUCGGUUUUCGCUUUUAUGAGACUUAUCGGAUACCCGGCUAAUAAAAUCACCAUCUUAACCACCUACAACGGUCAGAAACACUUGAUCAGGGACGUUAUUAACACGCGGUGCGCUAACAAUCCCCAAAUCGGACGACCCCACAAGGUGACGACGGUGGACAAAUACCAGGGCCAACAGAACGACUACAUACUAUUGUCGCUGGUGAGGACCAAAGCGGUGGGGCACUUGAGAGACGUGAGGAGGCUCGUGGUGGCGAUGUCUCGCGCUAGGUUGGGAUUGUAUAUUUUCGGGAGGGUUUCGUUGUUCAAGAACUGUUUCGAAUUGACGCCGGCAUUUGAACAGUUGACUUCGAGACCAACAGAACUUCAUUUGAUCAUGAACGAGACAUACCCCGCUACGAGGCAAAACGGUAAUAAAUUAGCGACACCAGCGACAGUUAUACAGGAUGUUGUGCAACUGGCAAAUUUUGUUUACAAACACUCAUAAAUUUAAUUUAAAUGUCCUGCAAUUAUUUUAAGAUGUGAAAAAAUAAAAAUACUUUACAAUUUGCCUUGUUUUUCUUUUCGAAGAAGGAAGUUUAAUAAAAAAUCGA